CGUUACGUAGCAGGAUGGCACGAUUUCCGUUGAUAACCUGGAUGGCUAUAAAUUUCAAACACUUUCAUUUCUGAGAUUUAUAAAACUGCAAAAUGUGGACUGUACUGCUGAUUGCUUUUGCUUUUACGGGAGGUAAAGUAGAGUCUACUUCACAGGAGUGCGAUGCAAUGCUUGUUGCCUGCCAUGAUAUGUAUCCAGAAACACGGCUCACAGCUGUUGAUAAAGCUCCAGACGAAGCGGAGUUGGAAACACUCUGCCCAGUUCUAGUGAAGAUGUCUGGUUGCUUUGAAGAUUACGUAAAAGAAUGCACUGAAUUUGACCGAUAUCCUCUUUUUCCUUUUUACCGACAAGAUGGAAGGUUCUACAAAGAAAUUUGUGACAAAAACUCUGUACUACGACCAAAGUACCUGACGAAUGUCAAUUGUUAUAAGCGAAUAGAGAAGAAGAAUUUAGCAAUAGGUUCAAAUCUUCUUGAACAUUCCCUUUUUCUUUCAGAGUACCUGACGAAUGUCAAUUGUUAUAAGCGAAUAGAGAAGAAGAAUUUAUACACGCAAUGUUAUAAAGAAGCUUCGGAAUUUUACAACCAGUACGUUCAUAAUAAAAGCGUCAGUGAACCUGAACGAGUCUUGUUUGGACAUUGCAAACGAAUGCCGUACGUUUUGGGAUGCGAAGCACUGGAUGUUCAAAAUUCAUGUGGUGACACAGCAUUGGAAACUUUCCUCGAAAUGGAGAAACUCAAGGAUUCUACGAAUGAAAUCAAAUUCUGCCUUCGGAAUUCGGAGCAGAAAAAUGAAAUUUACAACGAUUUCCUACCUUCCUUAAAGAUCUCGGAAAAUCUCAGAGGAAAAAUCAAUAAAGUCCUCGAUGCCAUGGAAGUAGAAGUUGCAGCAUAUCCUGAUUAUUAAAUUCUGAGAUUGUUUUAAAAGUUGAUUUUUUUAUUUCUUUUUGUUUCUUCUUUUUAUUAUAUUCUAAUAAUAAGGUCAAAUAAAACAUGAUGUUUAUUUAUUGAAA